AUGGACGCCAAAGUCCAUGGAGGUAGCGAUUGGCUGGGCUAUAAAUUGCACCAGCUUAAGGAACAGGAACAUGCUGGACCAGUCUUGACGGCAGUCAUAGUAGUGCUGCUCACCUAUAUGCUCUACACGGUGCUGUAUGCUACCGACAUUCCUCACAUCAAGGGCUUGCCAGAAAUCCCUGGCGCUGUUCCCUUAUUUGGUCAUCUGCUCAAGCUCGGUGAGGACCAUGCUACAGUGUUAGAGAAAUGGUGGCGCCAGCACAACCAAUCUGUCUUCCAGAUCAAGUUGGGAAACACCAGGGCCGUCGUUGUCAACUCGUUUGAUGACUGCAAGAAGAUGCUCCUCGGUAACCAGAAUGCAGUCAUUGAUCGUCCCAUGCUCUACACUUUCCACAGCGUAAUCAGCAGCACCCAGGGCUUCACCAUCGGAUCUUCACCCUGGGAUGAGUCCUGUAAGAAAAAGCGCAAGGCUGCUGGAACGGCUUUGAGUCGCCCCGCUUUGAGGAACUAUUACCCUAUGUUUGACCUCGAGAGCUACUGCAUCAUGCGAGACAUGAAAAAGGACAGCAAUAACGGUCAAAUCGAGAUUGACAUUCGCCCGUACAUUCAGCGAUACGCGCUCAACACAACCCUGACCCUCUGCUACGGCAUUCGUAUGGAUGCUGUCUAUGACGACCUGCUACGUGAGAUUUUGCACGUGGGAUCAUCUAUCUCCUUGUUGCGCAGCGCCUCUGAGAACCUGCAGGAUUACAUCCCGGCUCUUCGAUAUUUGCCCAACAAUGAAAAGAAUGCCCGUUCAAAGGAUCUUCGAAAGCGACGUGACGUCUAUUUGGACCACCUCUUGAAUAAGGUUCGUGAGAUGAUCAAGGCCGGCACCGACAAGCCUUGCAUCUCUGCCGCUAUCCUCAAGGACGAGGAAACCAAGCUCUCUGGUGUCGAAGUCUCUUCCAUCUGCUUGUCCCUGGUUUCUGGUGGUUUCGAGACUAUCCCCGGAACUUUAACCUCGUGCAUUGGAUCUCUGUCGACCGAGGAAGGACAGUUGUGGCAGGAUCGGGCAUACGAGGACAUCAAGCGCCAUUACCCUGAUGGAGCCGAUGCUUGGACUGGGUGCUUUAAAGAGGAGACGAUUCCCUACAUCAAUGCCAUUGUCAAGGAGGCUGGCCGGUAUUACACCGUUAGCUCCUUGAGUCUCCCCCGAAAGACUGUCUCCGAGGUCAAUUGGAAUGGUGCUAUCAUCCCCCCUAAGACUAUGAUCUUGAUCAAUGCCCAGGCGGGUAACCAUGAUGUUGAUCAUUUCGGACCCGACGCUGGAAAGUUUAACCCUGAGCGCUGGCUCAAGACCAUUAGCCCUCCCACGGAGGCUACCAGUGCUGGCCUGGAUCACUUAAGCUUUGGAACUGGUUCUCGUGCUUGCUCAGGCCAGUUCAUCGCCUCUCGCCUUUUGUACUCUGCGUUGGUGAGGAUUCUGUCGUCAUACAAGAUUGUGGCGAGCAAAGAGAGUCCUCCCAAUACCGACUAUGUCGAGUACAACCAGUUCAAGACAGCGCUGGUUGCUAUCCCCAGGGAGUUCAAGAUCAAGCUCAUUCCCAGGGAUACGGCAAUGACAGCCAAGUGCCUGGACCUCGCUGAGCAGAGGACCAGCGAGCACUACAAGGAAUAA